GAUUCCUGGACGACAUUGCCCUGCCCAACUCCGACUAUGAGCGCGAGCUGCAGCUUCAGAACAUCAAAGACGCCCUGCACCUCCUCAACCACCCCGAGGAAGCCCACAACCACCCCCAAAAUACCAUGUACCACUUCAACCAUCGCGAGGAAGAAACCCGGAAUGGCGUUGACAGUGAUUUCAGCGGUCAUGACGGUAACCCCGUUGAAAAUGACGAAAAUUCUGACGGAAAUCUAGUCGAAAUAAAGUCUGAUGUGAUCCCGCCGAGAGUCAGUGCCGUCAUGUCGUCCGAUAGAGACGAUUUAUCGACUUCCCUUGGAACUGGAAAUGGAGUAGUUGAGGUUAAUGGGUCCCACUUGGCACAGAACCUCUCUCAGGGGCUCGCCAACUAUACACAUGAGCUACCCGGGUCAAUAAAAGCUGGUCCUCAAAAUCCCGGGGUUCAACGGUCGAGGAAACGCCCAACCCAUCACAAACAUCACAACCACAGGGCUGUUUACCACCAAGGGCAUCACCCCCACAAGCAUUUUUCGGGGCUCCACCACGAAAGGAAUUUACGUCUCCUCAAGGAAAGGUUAAACAAGAAAAAUACCAUGCGCUUGCUUAAUAUCACAGUCACGUCUGAUGGAGAAACAAGCUACAACUCUUACUCCGAAAUUGUGACCAUCCCCCCUGAGGAGGAUCUGCACGUGCACGGGGAGGAUCUGGAAGAAGAUCCUUUGGUGGAACUGCAGAAAAAGAUUAUAGGUGAUCAAAUCCAGAAGUUUAAUGAACAGCUGGAUAUGGGGAAUGACCUCGGGCUGUUCGGUGACAGCCCAGACCUGUUUAACAUGCAGAAUGAUGAAUCCAUUGUAGAUAAUUCAGACCAUUUGCAGCCUGGCAAUAUAGAUCUACAAGAAACAGAAAAGAAAAAAGUGGAAAAACGGGCAUAUAAAUCUGAAAAUGAAAAUAAGAAACCUGAAUCAGGCAAAGAAGAGAUCAGGAUCCGAAAAAGGAAUUCACCAUUAGAGAGAAAGGGUGAAAUUGUUGAUGAAAAAUCUCCGGUUGUGCGGGAGUCUAGACUCCCUCCUCCUUACGAUAAAAUUUCCACGUCAGACGACUACAACAGACCACGGUACGAACCUCCUGACGUCCCUCGCCAUGAUGGGUUUCUCUCUCAGAUCGACCGCUCUCACGAUAACCUUGAAGCCGCAAAGAGAAACUUGAAGAUAACAACUGAGAAACCAGAUCUCGAUAAUUCCAACGACAAGCCUAUCAUUAUAGAUAUGUCGCUUCCAGAACACAUAAAAAAAGAUAAGAAUCGAACCUCCCAUGAAAGCGAACUCAUGAUUAUCAGGAAAAACAACCUGCGCAAAGCACGUCUAGAACGUAAGCAGUACCGCAAAAUCCACCGCGAAAGCGCAAUGAAGUUCAAACGUGCCAAAAUAUUGAACAAACCUUUGAAAGACGUUCGGUAUUUUGCAUCACCUAACUAUUACGACGACCGGAGACGAGAAGAUCCUAAUUUCUACGAUGAUUACUACCGUAGAAACGCCGACCGUUACGGUGAUGUCUACUCCGGUUACUACCCCGAAGACCACCUCUACGACGGCCAUGUCUACAGCGGGGGUCCCGGGCAUGGUAACUCGACCGGGUGGAUAUAUCCUCGGCAAACUGGCCUGGAUGGAGGACUACUGCCUUUUUACAGCAGUGAUAAGGUUCGAGGUAAGAUCCCUGAUGCUUUUUAUGAGAAAGAAUUACUAGAGGUCAGCCAACAGCGUGGGUACCUAACGCCUGCGUCAGAUGAAGAACUUCCGAACGACGAAGAACAACCCAAGCUGAUCAAUAAGGUACAUUCCCCCAGCGUCCUCAGACGUAAGAUGGCUAGAAGAAACCGCAACCGAAAUCGAUACAACAACAAACACUCAAAUAGGUGGAACGAUCGUAAGAGAAACCGGAAUUCCCGUAGAAAAAAUCGCGAUAAAAAUCGUCGGCGGAACCGCAAAAAUCGAAACCGCACUUGGGAUCGCGAUAACCACUACAGCAAGGACAACUACAAUGACAACAAUAACUACAACAGAGCCAGCGACAAUCGCCGGGAUGAUAAGUCAGGCUCGGGUUACGACAAAUUCUACGAUUCCCGCACGUCAUCUUACGGAAGAAGUAAGCCUUACGAAGACCCUCUGCGACGUCCUGACUACCAUCACGCCAACGUCCCGUGGAAAAAUGAUAACAAUCGUGAAGGGUCGUCAAGGGAUGACGGUCGAAGAUCAGAAUUCGAUGAUCGGCGAUCGCACCUCGAUGGUAGACGAUCAGAAUUUGACGAUCGAGAUCGCGAGCGAUAUUCGGAUUUUGAAGACCCGCCAAGGAAUCGUUUCUCCGAUGAUCGCGACCUUUCGAACGAUCGCAGGCUUAAAAAUCGCAACCAAAAAGCUCGAAAAAAUGAUCCGGAUCAAUACAGGCCAAGUGAUCCUUAUGAUAAAGACAAAAAUGGUCCUUGGGAUGAUGUAGAUCGGUACCGGAAUCGAGAUCCAUAUCGCCCGGACCUACCUUAUGAUCAGAAUCGGGAGAAUCGUUACGGGUCUAGCGAUCCUUUCAACAUUCGGAGGCCUGAACAAGGUGGAACGCGUCUAGAAGAUCCUAGUCGUAGAAUAGAUCUUUUUCGUGAUGGCCCCUUCGUCGCAGCAGAUCCGAGAGAUCCUUACCGUACAGAGCCAGACAGGAUAAGAACUGACCCUUUCAACCCAGAGUAUGCUAGAAAUUCUGAGGCUUACGACUCUAAUUACCGAGAUCCACAAAAUCGGCAUGAUCCCUACAGGACGAAGAAUCCUUACUCCACUAGAUCAGACGAUCCAACUCGCCCUGAUCUCUCGAUGGAUGACGAUGCAAAGGAAAAAAAUGCAAACCUCUAUUCCAAAGAUCGCCAAACCCAAGCUGGUAAUAUUAAAGGUGGUGCCGAAUUAGCAGCUUCUUCCCAAAAGGGGGAUAGAUUAAGACGUUCAAAUUUGAAUACAACGUUUCCAAGUGUCGCCGAUUCUGCAGAAAGCGUCGGUGAUCGCGAUGAGUCGAAAAACAGCCCUAAAUUGAUAACAGGCAAUGCCGAGAAUCCUAUUAGGAAAAACGACCUUACCGAAGAAGAACAGUUUCAAUCGGAACGGUUAGACGCUGAGUCAUCAAUUUCUAAAGGAAACCGAAAUCGAUCGAAACGGAAAUCGGGUGCCGAGGAAGAGAAUGGCAAUAGGGGGGAAAUUGGGGAAAUCUUUAGGUCAGAUGGAGUAUCGCCGACACGCAACGAUCGCGAUGGAUCUCUAUCUUCUACCGUCGAUGACAGACGGGGUGAAAUUGGAUCGAAAAUUCCAAGCGAUCGUAAAAAAAACGUAGAAAAUCGUUCCAGGCGGAAAAAGAAAGGAAGAAAAGGAGAGGAGGGGAGUUUGUCGUCCAGUUCUGACGUCCCUAGAGGGUUAAGAGAAAAUGUACGCAAAAUGGGACGAAUCCGCGCCAGUGAGCGGAAAGGACGGAAGCUCAAGAAGCUCCAUCGAAUCCGACGUGCUGCCACGGCCCGAAGGGAGCGGGUCUGGGACCACGGGGUCAUCCCGUACAUUAUCGAUACGAACUUCACAGGGUCUGACAAGGGUCUGUUCAAGCGGGCCAUGCGGCACUGGGAGAACUUCACCUGCGUCAAGUUUGUGGAGAAAACCGACGAACAUCCCAAUUACAUCAUCUUCACCGUACGAGACUGCGGGUGCUGCAGCUUCGUAGGGAAGCGGGGCAACGGGCCCCAGGCCAUCAGCAUCGGGAAGAACUGCGACAAGUUUGGAAUCGUCGUCCACGAGCUCGGCCACGUGGUGGGCUUCUGGCACGAGCACACGCGUCCGGACAGGGAGAACCACGUGGAGAUCAUCAGGGAGAACAUCCAGGCGGGUCAGGACUACAACUUCAACAAGCUGACGGGGGAGGAGGUGAACUCUCUUGGGCAGCGCUACGACUUCGGCAGCAUUAUGCAUUACGCCAGGGCCACCUUCGCCAAGGCGACGUAUCUGGACACCAUCAGACCACGACCGGAGCCAGGUCUGGAGAGCCUCCCAGAGAUCGGACAGCGGGUGCGGCUCAGCCCGGGGGACAUCGCCCAGACCAACCUGCUCUACGGGUGUCCCAAGUGCGGCCGCACCCACCAGGAGAACUCGGCGACUCUGCAGUCCCCCGGGUUCGGGUCCCCCAGCCCUCCCACGGAGGGGGAGACUUGUGAGUGGCGUAUCACCGCCACCCACGGGGAGAAGAUCACCCUCAACAUCACCCUCCUGGACCUCCCCCACACCGACGGCUGCCACUCCCACUACCUCGAGAUACGCGACGGGGUUUGGGGGAGGGACCCCUUGCUGGGUGAGUGGAGGGGAGGGAGGGACUCCUUGCUGGGUGAGUGGAGGGGAGGGAGNCCCCCAACUACCCCACUAACCCCUUAUAUCCCCCACAGCGGUGUGCGGGGGGGAACUGGUACAGGAGGGGGGACGGCUGGAGUCCCCCAACUACCCCACUAACCCCUUAUAUCCCCCACAGCGGUGUGCGGGGGGGAGCUGGUGCAGGAGGGGGGGCGGCUGGAGUCCCCCAACUACCCCGACGACUACCGGCAGGACAAGGAGUGCGUGUGGCACAUCACCGUCCCCGAGGGCUUCCAGGUCGCCCUCAGGUUCCACUCCUUCGAGAUCGAGAACCACGACGAGUGCGUGUACGACUACCUGGACGUGCGUGACGGGGGUGACGUGGCGGAGGGGGGCGGGGGGCUGGUGGGAGUGUACUGCGGCUACAAGAUCCCCGAGGACGUGAAGACCACGACCAACCGCAUGACGGUGCGCUUCGUCACGGACGGGUCCGUGCAGAAGGCGGGCUUCUCGGCCACCUUCAUGAAGGAGUUCGACGAGUGCCGGGGGGGCGACCACGGGUGCGAGCAGACCUGCGUCAACCUGCUGGGCGGCUACGAGUGUCGCUGCAACAUCGGCUACGAGCUGCACUCGGACGGCCGCAGAUGUGAAGACGCGUGCGGGGGCCCCAUCGAGUCCCCCAACGGGACCAUCACCUCCCCCAGCUUCCCCGACUUGUACCCCAUCAACAAGCACUGCAUCUGGGAGAUCAUCGCUCCCCCGCAGUACCGCAUCACCCUCAACUUCACCCACUUCGACCUCGAAGGGAACAACCAAGACUGCGAGUACGACAGUGUGGAGGUGCGGUCACGUCUGGGGGACAUGGAGCUGCGCCCCCACGGGGUGUUCUGCGGCCAGCACCUGCCACCCGCGGUCACGUCAGAGGGCAACCUCCUGCGGGUGUCUUUCUCCUCCGACAACUCCGUGCAGAAGACGGGCUUCGCGGCGGUCUUUUUCACGGACAAGGACGAGUGUGCCCAGGACAACGGCGGUUGCCAGCACAUUUGCCGCAACAGCGUGGGGUCGUACCAGUGCUCCUGUCACAACGGCUUCACCCUGCACGAGAAUGGCCACGACUGCAAGGAAGGAGGCUGUAAGCACGAACUGACGGCCUCCGUGGGACAAGCCUACAGCCCCAACUACCCCGACUACUACCCCAGCCGCAAGAACUGCGUCUGGCACUUCACCACCACCCCUGGGCACCGCAUCAAGCUCGUGUUUGACGAGUUCGAGAUGGAGCCUCACCAGGAGUGUACGUACGACUACAUCGUCCUCUACGACGGCACCAACGCUAACGCUGCCAAGCUGGGGCGCUACUGCGGCGCUAAGGUGCCCCACCCCAUCGUGGCGUCGGGCAACCAAAUGUACAUGAUCUUUAAAUCGGACUCCUCCGUGCAGCGCAAGGGCUUCAGAGCCACGCACUCCACAGUGUGUGGCGGCCACCUGAUGGCCUCUCCGGGCGCCGUCCGCCACAUGUACUCGCACGCCAAAUACGGCGACCACAACUACGAGAAUAAGGAGGACUGCGACUGGAUCAUAGAGGCCCCUGAUGGCCACACCGUCCAUCUGUCCUUCCUGACCUUCGAGCUGGAGGACGAGCACGAUUGUGGCUACGAUUUCGUCCAGAUCUUCGCAGGAUACGACGACACGGGGCCAUCCUACGGCAAAUUCUGCGGCAAUGUCAUCCCCCAGGAGAUAGGGGGCGAAGGGUCGAGUCUCCUCGUCAGGUUCCGCUCAGACGACACCAUCAACACAAAAGGAUUUUCGGCGGCCUACGUGGCCGUGGCCGCCGGUAACUCGGCCGCGUCCGACGAUAAAUCGGCCGAAAACUUGACAGGGGAGAGAGGUUUCUCCUACAGCUUCUCCCGGGGUUACAAGUGAUAAGAGGAGAGUAGGACGGGGCUUCUCCCUGGGUUACAAGUGAUAGGAGGAGUGUAGGACGGGGGCUUCUCCCUGCGUUACAAGUGAUAGGAGGAGAGUAGGACGGAGGCUUCUCCCUGCGUUACAAGUGAUAGGAGGAGAGUAGGACGGGGGCUUCUCCCGGG